AACGAAAUUGCAGCAUUGGGAAAGCGAAGCUCUCACUGCAUCGUUGGUCCUUUCGAAUUUUGGAAUUAGCCAUGGGAUCCUCCUCGUUCCGGUUAGCGUCUUGGGAUCCUAUUUUAAAUGUUGCGCAGAUUGCGUCUCUGCAAUCGAUAUACUACCUUGUAUUAAGUGGGUUUCUUCUUGUGGCUCUGGCGCUUUCUGGGGGCGAACUAUCCCUCGAUUCCAUUCUAGACGAUGACGAGAUUCGAACGGAUACUGUACUUGGAUGGACCCUGGGACUGGUGUGCCUGGUUAGCGCGACAGCGACCAUUCCCCUUUUGGUGUUCAUUGUUCAGCGAGCCAAACUCAUUCUCGAUUUUGUCGUUACACUCCAUAUUUUUCACAUUGUUCUUGUAUGGAUUCACAAACAACGGUUUCCUACCACGGGGGCAUGGUGGCUUUUGCAAAUUCUCAGCGCAGUGAUCAUGACGCUCGGCGGGGAGUGGGCGUGUAUGCGACGUGAGAUGAAACCCAUCAUGAUGAAACAGAAACAGAAAGCUACCAACAUUGAUGCGGAUAUGGAAGAAGGACGCAUAGAUGGUAGCGCUGGAGAAGAAUCGUCAGAUCGGAGUCGCAGUCAACCGCCGCAAGGAAAAUUUAAACGAAAACACUCGGGUGCAGAUCCUUUAGAUGACGAACAAGCCGACGAUCAUGGUCCCUUGAUUAGUGCGGUAGGAAAGGCGAAAAAGGUUCUGAUGGAGAGCGCGCAGCGGGCUACGCAGAAAAAGACCAAUAACCGAGGAAGACGUUACGAAGAGAUUCCCUUGAAAGAUGUAGACGAGGGUCCGUCACACUAGAAAGCUGUAUACUAUGCCCUUUUUUCUUCUUCUUCAUUCUUUGUAAAUACAAAUUCGAUAUAUUGCUGCCAAAUACCAAUCCUUUUUGACCUUUUAUUCUUUCUUUUUCCACUGUUUUAUUUGCUGGUUCUUUUGCAGGAAAGUGACUAUGCCGAAAUUAAUGAAAUCAUAAAAAAAA